AAUAAAAAAAAAAAAAAAAAAAAACACGUCGAACAAAACGACAAAUUUCUUCGUAAAGUAAAGUUUGCGACGAGGAAAUUUUCUAAAGCUCGUGUAUGGAUUAUUGAUGUUUUCAUCGUGUUUGAACGAGAAAGAUAAUAGACGGGAUAAUAAAGAAAAGAGUAAUAACAAACAUCUUGUGACAUUGUCGUUUUACGCCGUUGUUAAACGUUGCUGCUGCUGCCGCUGUCGAUGGAAACGUCCGCGUCGCCUGUAUAAUAUUGCAACUUGUGUUUUUAUAUUCGAAAAAGAGAAAGCGAACGAUAUGUUGUUUCGAUGUGUUAUAUCGUGACUGCAGCGUACACGGUGGUAUUUAAAUCGAGUACAAAAUAAUCGGGUUCGCGAUUAGCGAAUUAUAAAACAAUUUUUCCGCGCAGCGUUCUUACGCGUAUCUUCUAAAAUUAGAAAUUCGGCUCGCCUACGAAGCGAAUAUUCGAAAGACUUGCCGGGGGAAAAAAGAAAGAGAAAAGAAAAAGACUGAAUAAAAUUCCGAGUGCGCGGUAAUCGUCCGGCGCGGGAUUCUUUUCAAUUUCAAGUUUAUCAAACUUUUGAAACGUUCUUCGUUCGCGAUAUUUGUAAAAACUUGACAAAGUUAUUCGGAAUAUCAGGGGAAAAACGUUCAGUGCCGGUGGUGGUGGUGGCGGUAGUGCUGGUGAAAAGUAAUUGUUGUAAAAAUAAUAACAACAAAAGCAACGAUAACAACAACAACAACAAGAAUAAUAAUAACAAUAACGAUAAUAGUAAUAUAUGAAUAUGAAACAGGCGUGAGAGCAGAUUGACUUUUUACAUUUCGCGGAAGUGUUUUGACAAAAAUAAAAAAAAGCAAACUAAGAAUGAAAAAAAUAAUUUAGUUGCCAAGGUGUAUCGGUAUUCUUAAAUUCGAACGACGCACGUCACCAGACUGCCUGUCUACCCACACGUUUUCGAUUAUGUAUAUACAAUGAUCAUCGUAUGCCUGUACAGUACACGGUGUGUUUUGCGCAAAUACCGUGUAUUUUAAAUUUAGACGAGUCUAAUUUUGCGAGUGACACAGUGUCGUCGUCGUCAGAGAGAGAGAGAGAGAGAGAGCGAGAGACUUGACACUUGUCAGUCUGCCCGCCCACACUUUUCCACAUCUUUCGUCGUACAAUCAUGCUUAUAACAGUGUAACAUCGACGCGGAAAGAGAGAGAGAGAGAUAAAACAUAUGCAAUCAAUAAGAAAAAUCAUAAUAAUUUGAAGAUUUGUAAAACGAGGGGAAAAAGAAAGUCCGAAGAACAGUGAAAGAUAAAUUUGACGUUCGCGCAACGACGUCAACACCAACAACCGACAUGGCCAGGGACACGCCGGGGGCCCCAAUGUCGAGGCCUAGGGAUCUAGCAUCGGCCGGAACUACGACAACCACGGUUACUUCCGGGGCUUUCCACGCGGCUGCUCCUGACUCGGCGGCCCUUCACGGACACGCGCUUCAGCAGAAGAUACUUCAGCUACAGCAGCAUCAUCAGCUCCAGCAGCAGAUCCUACGGCAACAGUAUCACGCUCAGGAACGUCAGCUGGCCCAACUCCACGAGCAGCAAAUGCACCAACUUAGGCUUUGGGAGCAGCAAAAACAGCUCGAGGAGCAACGGGAGAAGAGGGAAAAGGAGAGGCUGGAAGCUCUGAGGAAAAAGGACAAGCAUGACCAUAGCGCCAUAGCGUCGACUGAGGUCAAGCAGCGGCUGCAGAGUUUCAUCGUGAACAAGAAACAAAGAGAAGCUGCAGCCGCUGCAAAUGGCGCAGUUCCAGGCACACCCGGAUACAGAAGCUGGUUGCAGCCCCAAUCGGAAUCGUCGAGCACUACAAACGCUUCGCAUCCCUACAGAAUGCCGCAAAUGUUGCAAGAGAAAUUUGGCGAUGAUUUCCCGUUACGGAAAACAGCCUCGGAGCCAAACCUGCUCAAGCUGCGACUUAAGCAACGUGUCAUGGAAAGGAACAUGGCUGCGCCAAGAAAUUCACCGCUGACCCGGCGUAAGGAUCGCCUCCUGUCCCAUCUCAAGCGGAAAUCCCUCUUAGCAAAUUCUGGUAGCAAUCCUGAAUCCGGGCCUAAUUCACCACCGACAGUAAACAACUCGCAGGCAAGUCCUACCGCAGGCAGCAAUACUCCAAUACAAGAGGAGGGCGAAAACCCAGCUUACGGUGGUCCGUUGACAAGUAGUAGUCAACAGGGAAGUUUAUCGGACCUUUCCUUAUUCAGUUCACCGUCCAUGCCUAACAUAUCAUUGGGCAGACCUCAUGUUCCAUCCAGCUCAGCAAGUGCGACAAAAUUGGCACCAGUCUCAGAAGCGGAAGUACGGGCAGCGUUCACUGCUCGUCUUGGUAUGCCAUUGACUGGACAGAUGUUGCCUGGUACCUUGCCCUUCUAUCCAUCGUUGACCGUAAUCGAAGGUGAACCCACGUAUAUUCACAAGCAGAUACAAAAUCAUGAACAAAAUCGUCAACAUCAGGUUUAUCACGGAGCACCUAUAACAGAUACUCAAGUAGCACACGCAAGACUGCAUAAGGCUGGUCACCGGCCUUUAGGUAGUAGGACUCAAUCGGCUCCCUUGCCACUUGGGCAUCCGAUGCUUCAAGGUGGAAUAAUAGCACCACCAAAUCACUAUGAAGAGUACCUUGCGGAGAAACAACUUCAUGACCAACAACAAGCUCAUAUUUUUUUAAAACAGCAGAUUCGUCAAACCGUCCUAACCCGAGUUGGAUCCAGAGGUCAAUCGAACCAGCUUGACGAAGCACCGGAGAGUGAGGAAUCCGAAGUUAUAGAUCUAACUGGCAAGAAAGAUUUGUCAGAGGAAAGUGAAAUUUCGAAACAGCAAAGGGAAAGAGAACAGUUUUUACAACAGCAACGAGACUUAAUGAUGCGCCAUACUCUUCAAGUUAAUGAAUCUCCGGCUUAUGCGGGAAGCCGAUCCUCACACUCAGCGAGGCCCUUGUCAAGAGCGCUUUCUAGUCCGUUGGUGCAUUUAGGGCCUCAGGGUGCUGGGGGAGAUGUCUUUGCUCGGGGAUCACCACAUCGGCCGACUACAGGUCUUGCCUACGACCCGCUGAUGCUGAAGCACGCUUGUGUUUGCGGCGAAACAGUCAGGGGUCAUCCUGAGCACGGUGGACGAUUGCAAAGUGUAUGGGCUAGACUUUCAGAAACAGCAUUGUUACAACGUUGCGAUCGCGUUCGAUCGCGCAAGGCCACCCUUGAGGAAAUACAAACUUGCCACAGUGAAGCGCAUGCGCUUUUAUUUGGUACAAAUCCGCUGAAUAGGCAGAAACUCGAUAUGUCGAAGCUCUCUCAAUUACCAAUUAAGAGUUUUGUCCGACUUCCAUGCGGCGGUGUAGGAGUUGAUUCAGACACAACGUGGAAUGAAUUUCACACAGCUCCAGCGGCACGUAUGGCUGUCGGAUGUGUUGUGGACUUAGCAUUUAAAACUGCAAUGGGCGAUAUUAAGAAUGGUUUCGCAGUUGUCAGACCACCUGGUCAUCACGCUGAGACAAAUCAGGCUAUGGGAUUCUGCUUCUUCAAUUCCGUAGCCAUCGCGACGAGAUUACUACAACAAAAGCUUGACACGCGGAAAAUAUUGAUCUUAGAUUGGGAUGUUCACCACGGAAACGGAACCCAGCAAAUGUUCUACGAUGACCCUCGUGUUUUGUACAUGUCUAUUCAUAGACACGAUGAGGGUAAUUUCUUCCCAGGAACAGGAGGUCCCACAGAAUGCGGUGUAGGUGAAGGACUUGGCUGCAAUGUCAACAUAGCCUGGUCUGGUGGCUUAAACCCACCGAUGGGGGAUGCCGAGUACUUGGCUGCGUUUCGUACUGUUGUAAUGCCUAUUGCCAAGGACUUUGAUCCUGAUAUAGUCAUUGUCUCGGCGGGUUUUGACGCAGCUAUAGGUCAUGCCGCACCCUUAGGAGGGUACAAAGUUAGCCCUGCGUGCUUUGGAAGAAUGACGCAAGAACUGCUAACCUUAGCUGAUGGAAAAGUUGUACUGGCUCUCGAGGGAGGCUAUGAUUUAGCUGCUAUAUGCGACUCUGCACAGGAAUGCGUCAGAGCCCUACUUGGUGAUGAACCGACGCCGCUUCGUGAAGAGGAAUUGACACGAGCGCCGUGCCAAAACGCUAUUGACACAUUGCAAAAGACCAUAGCAAUUCAAAUGUCGCAUUGGCCGUGUGUCAAAUUGGCCGCACACACGGUGGGGAUGAGUGUGAUUGAGUCAAGUCAAAAAGAGCGUGACGAAACCGACACAGUUUCCGCAAUGGCCUCUCUUUCUAUGCAGCAGCCGACCAAUCUCACGACUACACCAGAACAUUCCCGCGAGGUCUCCGAAGAACCAAUGGAGCAGGAUGAAGCUAAGUGAAACCGGUAUCGACACAAACCAAGGAGUUAUGAAUAACUGAAUAAUACCGGGUUCGUUACCGAGCCAUGGUACGCUAUUGCCUUGUCUUCAAAUCCGUCAAAGUAUCUUCAUGCAAAUGUACAAGUAACGAUGAAUCGUUCCUUGGGCGGAAUGCAGGGUUUAUCAAAGGUAUCGGCUGUUUCAAUGUGAAACUUUAAGUUAUUGAAAUAUUAAAGGAAACCUAGAUGAAAGUACGUGCAUGAAGUAAAUCAUAAGACAAGCGUUUUGGUAGCUUGUCUCUAAAGUUGAUAGGAGAACGUGGCUGAGCUACGGAUUCGUUCGAUUGCACGGUGUUAGAUAGCCUAGGUAUGAAUAAAUAUUUGUUAUGUUGUUGAGAAGUGUACUAUUUUGUGGUAAUAUGAGAUUUUCUGCUUGAUGCAGUUACAUGCAUACGCAAUGAAUAUGUAUGAAUGUCCUAUUAGGUAGAACAAUUUAUUCACGGCAGAGUUGGGAGUUGCAUACCAUAACAGAACUUGCGGUUGAAAGAUAUUCUGAGACGGCUGAGAGCGUGAAAAAAUCAAGUGACUAUGGUACUUAUCGCAAUGUUUCGUUAAUCCUAUUUGAUUCGUUUCAUUAUUAGUCGUAACUUGCGUGGAAAUGAUGGAAUCAUUUGUAAUUAUUAUCUUAAGUAUUAAAAAUUGGCGUAGAAAAUUAUUCUAUAGUGAUGUUCUUUGAUCUUGAAAAAGUUACUUGCAGUCCAUAUUGAUCAAUAACAAAAUUAAACCGCCAUAGUUUGAUGACUUUCCAAUUGCUCGAAAAGUAUUCUAUAAAAACGAAUCAAUAUUUUUAUUCGGAUAAAAAAUGUUGAAUUAGUGUCUUGCUAGCAGACAACGAACGUUUUUUGAAAUAUAACUUCGCUUAGAAAUAAUUCAAAUUCAUGGACCAAUAAUGGAGUUCAAUAUGAUCGAAUAAAUUUUCACCACGUUAUACACUGAUUAUAGAAACACAAUUUUAGUAACAACUGUGGACGGGAUGUAUACAGAUAAAACCCCAGUCUUUUGAUGUUUGUAUUCUUGAAUAUCGAAUUAUUGUAGUUAUGAAAUAAUAUAAGAAAUAAAUGUAUGCAUAAGUUCAGUCUGCGAAGAACAUGCAUAAAUUUAUAAAAGACAGUAAUGUUAGAUUAAUUUUUUUUCCUUUGCAAUCGUUGCUGGGAUUUUCUUAAAUGCGUUGUGCUGGUCACUGGCGCUUAUCAAAUGUGCUUUAUUCGAGAAGAAUGAACAAUUUAAUUUUUUUUCUAUCCUUGUACAGCAUUCGCUUGCUUAAAGUAUAUAUACAAAAAUAACACUAAAGUUUUUAUCGCAUUAUUUGAUGUAUUAUGUAUAGAGUUUAGAGAAAUAGUUUUUGCGUAACAAGCAUAAUACAAUUUAAAAUUGAUAGAAGAGACGGUUGAAGUAGGAGAAUAAUUUUGUAGGGAUGAUUCUUUAGCUAAUUUGGUUUUCUGCUACAAACAAAGGCUGGUGCGAUUUUUGUGAUAUUUUGUAAAAAGUUAGUGGAACUAAAGUUAAGUGAGAGUAUGAGGAUGGAAGAAAAUGUAAUUUAAGUACAAGCAUUUAUUUUUGUGUCGUGCAUUUUACGAAGAUAAGGAAAAUAUAUAAAAUUUAUUAUUAAACGAAUUUAAGUAGAUAUACAUAUACAAAUAUGUACAAGACACACAACUUGACAAACAAUUAAAAGAAUAUUCUAUAUACAAACCACACGGUAGUAGGAAGUAGAUAAGACUCAGCGAUAAAACUUGUCCCCAGUUUUGAGGAAACGUAAGAAGAAUUGUCUGAAUGUGAUAUAAGCGUCUCUUGCGGAAAAAGGUGAAAUUUUCGUUAUAAAAUGUAAUAAAAAAGAAUGGCGGCGAUCGCAAAUUAUAAACCUCCAUGCUAUAAACAUACUUCGUAAAUUCGUAAAAUACGCAUUUGAAGUGAGUGAUAAACCAGUGAAAACCGAAUAAUUGCUUUUCCAACCUCAACUGACAUUAAAUCCGAGAUAAAGGUGGCAAACUGCGAAUCGUAAGAUCCAUAAGGGGAAGGGGGGCGAGCGCUAUACGUUAAAUUGCACUCUGACAAUUCCCUCUUACGUUGUCCCAAAAACUGGACCAACUUUUGAGCCGAGCGCUGCUUGAGUGUGUCUCCUUCUUACUACUCCGUGAUACAAACAUAUAAACUAUAUGCAUAUUGUAUAUCUAUAUAUUAUUAAACUAUAGAUAAUGUUUUAUCACACGAAUCUCAAGUGUCCGUUACAUGUUGCCCAAAAAUUACUGAUAAAAGAAAAAUGAAUAAAAAUUACUCGUUGUAUAUUGUAAGUGUGAGCCCAGCCUACUCUGUGUAUAAUUUACGUACUAUGAACAUAAUGCAUGAUUAAGUUUUAAAAUCAUAAGCACGUCUAUUUAAAUGUAAUAUUGAUUAGGUGUAAAACUGCUCUAUACUAUAUUUUAGGUGAUAAAUUAGAUAUAGAUGAUAUUUAAUUAUUUAUAAUUUAGAAUCGAUUAUUCGAUUAAUUCAUUUAGUUUAGUGCGAAACCAUUUAAAAUAUUUUACUCAAUGUUGUCGCGUAACUAUAAUAUUCACGGCAAUCAUUGCUGUACAAAAUCUGAAAACUUGCGUACUAAAAUGUGAUUUAAAAAGUGUAUACAUAUAUACUUUAUCACGAGUUGAUUAAGCUAUGGUAUCCAUCUUUGGGCCUAUGAAUUUAAAUGACGAUUGGAAAGUUUCGUGUUUCGAACAAUCAUAUUCGAGGCGUUGUUGAUUUUGUUCAAUGCCAAGUUGUAAGUUUGCCAGCAAGUUAAUGAUCAAGUUUGGUUCAAACAAAUAAACUUUUGACAUUCCGGUAUCAUUCAUAAUAAAUUGAUACAAAUUAGGGGUAAUAAAAUAGGUAUCAUGAGAAUAGAUGAUAAGUUACACAAAUCUAUAUUAUUAAUAUUGCAUAUGCACGAAGUAAUAUCCAUUAUUACUUACCUUCAUUGUAACAGUCCUAAAUUUUUUAUGUAUAUAAAUGUACUUCUUAAAUUAAUUUUAAAUAAAAAUAUAAUCAUUGUGUUAUUCAA